UUAUCUGGCAUAGGAAUACUCUGGAGGUUUUAAGUUUCUGAAAAAUGAACAUAAUGAGUGAAACUUUUAUAGAGUCUCAGAUUCACCUAGUAUAUUUUGGUGUGUUUAAUGUAACCUCUUUAACAGAAAGAUUUGGAAUUCUUGGAAAGUAACCAUCCAUUCAUGCAUUCAGUGUCUAGUAUGUACCUGCUAAUUGUUAGGAGCUACUGGUUCUCGCAGUAAUGGUUUAGAAUGAUAAAGUGUUACUGUAAUUAUAAUGUAAACUGCUAUUGAAAUUUUAAUGCAAGCUGUAUUCCAUACAGGGCUUUUAUGGGACAUUGUCUUUUACUGAGUUAUACAUGUGGACAAGAGAGCCUGGAGUAUGUGAUAAGAAGUGGGUAGGUGAUGGGGUUGAUACAGGAGAUAAUUGUAGCAUUUCAGGGUGGGUGAACCUGUGGUGUGAGGAGGAUUUCCUGCCAGGCAGCCAAUGACUAUCACUCAGAGCCUUUAAGUACAGAGACUGAAUUGCCUGUGUCAGGGUGUUGGGGAAAGGCUUGGGAAGACAAGCAGUGGGAGAGACAGUGAGGACCUUACCAUAUAACUGGGAAAGGGAAUAAAUAUACAUAAGACCACCUGAAGGGUUCAAAGCUGGAAAUUAAGUUGCUAAGUACAUAAGGUAAAACCCAAGGAGGGACAUAUCUGUGUGUCUGUGUGUGUGUGAAAGAGAGAUGAGUUUGUGUUUCACGUGCUUGAAGUCAGAGAAAGAAGAAGUGGGUUAUUUUUAAAAAACGUAUAUUUCAUUUGGACAAAUGAGGAAGUAAAAUAAUUUAUCUGUGGGCACAGAUUUCAUGUCGGCAGCUGUGAAAGGCCAGGUGCUCUGUCCAGCACCCAUCUGCGAGGCCGACCGUCCAACUCAUUCGUUGAAAGCAGCGCAGUACAGAUGGGACUUCAGAGCUGGGUGGCCCUGGGUUUGAAUCCUGACGUCACUCCUCACUGAGUGAUCUCUUGAGCUUCCGAUUCCUUUCCUGUAAAAAUGAGGCUAAGCAGCUACCUUGAAGGGCCGCAGGUUAGGACUGGAGAUUAUGUGUUCAAAAUACCCUGGAAUUUGCCAAGUGGCCAGUAAAUGGCAUCUUAUUAUUUUUUCACUCGGCAUUUAUUAAAGUAGGAGCUAGGAAUAAAUAAGCCACAGUCUACAACCCUUCCCUCAAGGAGCUCACAGUCUGGUGGGAGGGGUAGACUAAGAACAGCUAAUAAUGGCAGCACAUAUGGUAAAAGUGAUGAUAAACCCAUGCACAGGGUGCCAAGGGAGCACAGGUGAGGGGACUACAUCUGCCUUGUGGGGGAGGGGGAAGUUGGCAAAGGCUUCAAAGGAAGUUGGCAAAGAGUCAUAAGAAAUAACUUGGAGUUUGCCAGUUGGAGAAUAGGAGGAAGGGUUUUCCAAGUUGAAGAAACAGCAUGUGCAAAGGCAGAGUCCUGAAAACACCAGGUCUCCACUGCUGAUGAAGCUGUGAUCAAAGCCAUCUGGCAGUCACCUGCCCCAGCAGCCAUCACUCCCCUCUCCAUGCACUGUCUCUGCUUGUUGUGGGACGCUGUCUGUGCAGCCUCCAGGCCCCACCCUUGGGGUGAACUCAAGGCCCGGACUCUGGUGUACCCCAUGAUGACCCCAGCCUAGCUCUCUCUCCCACUUCCGCACGAUGCUGACAAACUCCACAGCCAACACCACGAAUGCCAAUUUCACUAUCCCCCUGUGCCCUGACUACCGGCCCACCCAUCGCCUGCACAUGGUGUUCUACAGCCUGGUGCUGGCUGCAGGGCUGCCCCUCAACGCUCUGGCCCUUUGGGUCUUCCUGCGUGCGAUGCGCGUGCACUCGGUGGUAAGCGUGUACAUGUGCAACUUGGCGGCCAGCGACCUGCUUUUCACCCUCUCGCUGCCCGUGCGCCUCUCGUACUACGCCCUGCACUACUGGCCCUUGCCGGCCCUUCUGUGCCAGACGGCGGGCGCCAUCUUCCAGAUGAACCUAUAUGGCAGCUGCAUCUUCCUUGCGCUCAUCAACGUGGACCGCUACGUCGCCAUCGUGCACCCGCUGCGGUUGCGCCACUUGCGGCGGCCCCGCGUGGCGCGGCUGCUCUGCCUGGGCGUGUGGGCGCUCAUCCUGUUGUUCGCCGUGCCCGCCGCCCGCGUGCACAGGCCCUCGCUCUGCAGCAACGGCAGCGUUGAGGUGCGCCUGUGCUUCGAGAGCUUCGGAAACGAGCUGUGGAAGGGCGGGCUGCUGCCGCUCGUGCUGCUGGCCGAGACGCUGGGCUUCCUGCUGCCCCUGGUGGCCAUCGUUUACUCGUCGGGACGGGUCUUCUGCACCCUGGCGCGGCCCGACGCCACGCAGAGCCAGCGGCGGCGGAAGACGGUGCGCCUCCUGCUGGCCAACCUCGUCAUCUAUCUGCUGUGCUUCGUGCCCUACAACACCACGCUGGCCGUCUACGGGCUGCUGCGGGGCCAGCUGGUGGUGGCCAGCGAGGCGGCCCGCGACCAGGUGCGCCGCGUGCUGAUGGUGCUGGUGCUGCUGGCUGGCGCCAACUGCGUGCUGGACCCGCUGGUUUAUUACUUCAGCGCCGAGGGCUUCCGCAACACCCUACGCGGCCUGGGCACUCCACAGCGGGCCAGGACCCUGGCUACCAACGGGACCCAGGGGGCGCUUGCCGAACGGCCCACUGAAGUCUCCCGCCUCACCAGCACGUCGGAUUCUGCCAGCCAGGGACUGCUCCGGUCCUCCCAGCUCGGGAUGCCCAGCACCCAGUGCAUCCAGGAUUCUGCCCUCUGAACGCACGUCGUGCCCUAGCGCCGUCAUCCCCACUCAUCCCCACUCUCUCAUUCUCGCAGGCUGUGGGGUGUGCACAGGCGGGAGAUGGGAUUGGACUUCUGGGUGGCAACUCGGGCCGUAAAUACAGAAGAGAACAACAUGUGGGAGCUAGGGGCGCAGGCAAGGAAGAGUGCUGGUGGAAAAGGCUUCCUUAAAUCCACCGUGAUAGUGAACCCAGGAGGUCCCCUUCCCCAGCUGGUCAGAAGAGAUGCAGUGAGCUCAUCCCUGCAGAAGUAGAAGACUGGAUGAAAUGCUCUUGGCAGGGCACCAAGCGCUGUUGGGAGUUGGUAGAUGGAGCAGAAAACGAGUAUCUUGGAUUUAGACCUUUCACAGUGGUCGGAAAGCUGCAGAGCCCCAGGCCUGGGUGCACCAACCUACUGAGAAGUUCAGCUGUUGACUUCUGUUCUGAGCUUUAUGGCUCUGGAAGCCACCUGCACUCACCUCCACCUGGGCUUCCUCUGCUCAGCCUUGAGGCCUAAUAAACAUCCAGGGAAACAAGUGUUUAUUUGAUACAGACAGAAUCAGUUUCCUUCUUGCUUAGUGACUUGUAACAAUUUAGAUCCCACACCCAGCAUGGGGUAGUUGGGGACAGGGCCAACUGCGUUAGAGUUCUUUUUUUUUCUGGAAAUCCUGGUCCCUCUUCCCCUUUCUCAGUUAUCCCUUCUUCUUCCACCCCCACCCCCUUUUCAGGGCCUCUUCCAUUCUUGGACUUUAAUGUUUUCUCUUGCUCUCUCUGCCUGCUUCCUCUGGGGUGAGGAGAAAAUUCUUUGUACGAAAGCAGCAGUUCUCAAACUUUCUGGUUUGAGAUCCCUUUACAACUGUUAAAUACUGAGGAUUCCAAGGAGCUUUUCUUUGUGCUUUGUUUUAUUGCUAUUUACCGUCUUUGAAAUGGAAACUAAUAAGAUUUUCAAAUCCAGGAAUACACAAGCACACAGACCAUUAGCUGUGAGAACAAUAAUGUCACUACAGGUCACGAAGCCUCUGGGAAACUCCACUGUGUAAUUGUGCAAGAACGAGAAUGGAACGGGCAAAAGACCUCUUAGUAGUAGUAUUAUGAAAGUAAUUUUGACCUUGCUGACUUCCUCAGAGGGUUCCCCAGAUCACAUUUUGAGAACCAUACCUGCACUGAAGUAUUAGAGUUCGUGGGAAAUUUCUUCCCAGGGCAUUAUGUACAGUGUUUUUUCUUUUUUUUUUUCUCACUGUGGGGAGAGAGCAAUGCUCAAUGCAAAUUGCUAAUGGUAGUUGAGACUUGGGGUUUUGGGGGGGCCGGUAGGAGCAGCACACCAAAUGGAAGGCCACCUUGCUGAUGCUGCUGCCCUGAGGUAGGGGUGGAACCAGUCACACAGACUCUCAGGGGAGGGGCUGAAGCUCUUUUGGGGAAGGAAAAGGGAACUGUGCCACAGCCAGGGCACAAGAGUCUACAAGGAAGUCAGAAUGAGACGGAGGACAGGAAUAGUCUGUCUGUACUUAGCAAGCUGGGGGCAUGAGAAAUGGGAGCCUGCACUAUGUGUCACCUACUGGUUCCCUACCUCUUUACCCGAGUGGGGGUCCAGGAGGGCCUGCAGAGUUGACACCCUGACAUCUUCAGACUCUGUGUGAGUGAGGGAGUUGUCACCAUGCAGCCAUGCCUGCGUUUUUCUCCCUGUCUCUCAAUUCCAUACGUUUCUCUGUGUGUGUGCAUGCGUGUGUGAGAGAGAAAGGCAGUGUCAGGGUUCUCCAUGUGUGUCUCCGCGUAUUGUCGGAAGCCUUGUGUGUCUUCAUGGGAUCUUUCCAUAGGGUGAUUUACAGGGGUAACAUGACCCCUGGUGGCCAAACCAGAGAACUGACCCAGCUGCCUCGGUUAAAAUCAGAGAACUGAAACAGCUGCCUUAGGGUUAGCCACCGAGUUGGGGGUUAGGGACCUCUCCUCCGCCAGGCUUUGCUCUAGAAGAGGCACCUGCUCUGUCUCGUCUCUAGCCUCAGGAUUCAGCACAGGUACCUUCCUGACCUGGGAGCAGCAACAGCACUAAACUUUGUAGACCAAAGUCUCAGCGCUUUGCUCUAUCCAAACUGAACCGAGUUGAACACAAUUACUUUUUUUUUUUCAAUUAGUUUGAGAACUUUUCUAUGCAGGUAUGUGAGUGAAUUCCAAAGUAAUUAAAACUUACAUAAUACAUAUCACCUUCUAACACACUAUAUAACUUAUUUAUUACAAUUUUUAUAGUUUGUUGUAUGUCUCCCCCUCAAACGCCUCCCCCUUUCCCCACCCCCUCCCCACCCCCUGCAAUAGAUUGUAAGCUCCGUAGGGGCAGGGAUUUCUGUUUGGUUGGCUCUGUAAUGUAUGCCCAGCAUCUACAACCUGCCUGGCACAGAGGAAGUGCUCAAUAAAUAUCUGUUCAAUGAA